AUGACGUUUCAGCAGCCAAAUUCUCGCGAACUCCAAAAUCGGAAGAUCCUAGAGGAACUUCAGCUGAAAAAACAGAUGUUGCUCAAGCAAGGAGUGCAACAAAGUCUUGGCUCGUCGCUCAACAUUCCAUCGAUCAUCACAUCCUCCGCUACAUCCCAGCAAUCUGGGGACGGGGCCAACAUGACGUCGAUGCAACGAGCCGCCCUCCUUAACGCCCACGCACAUUCCACCGGCUAUUUCAUAACUCAGGAGUCCUCCUUUGGAAAUCUUAUCCUGCCAGUGCUACCGCGUUUUAACGAGACUAGUACUACGAAAUAG